AUGUGCUAUACCUUUCUCGAUGGGGGUCAUGGAUACUCAUUAGCCUAUUUUAAUACUACCGUGGCCUCCCUUACCAACUUUAACACUGCCCCGUGCCCUUCCAACUUUCCUACUUACCUCUCAUAUUGUCAAUCGGCCCCACACAGCCCACAAACGGCUUUCUCUUCCUUCAUCUCUACUCUUUCUUCCUCUCUUUCUUUUAUACUCUCUCACUCUCUUGUCUCUCUCUCUCUCUCUCUCUAUCUCUCUCUCACAAUACCACUUGGUUCUCAUUUAUUUCAACUCCCUUUAUUUUCAUCUCAAAUCCCUCUCUCUCUCUCUCUCUCUCACUCUCUCUCACUCUUCUCACACUCACCCCCUUUUGUCACUCGCGCGUGUUCAGCCCAUAGUCUUUCUCGUUUCAUCUCUCUUAUUCUGUCUCUCUCUCUCCACACCAUUUUGGUCGCUUUCUCUCAUUUUAUCUCUCUCCCCACUCUCUCUCUCUCUCUCUCUCUCUCUCUCUCUCUUUCUAACUCUCAGUCUUUCUCUACACACCUUUUUAGUCUCUCUCUCUCUCUCUCUCUCUCUAUCUAUCUAUCUAUCUAUCUAUCCAUUUAUCUAUCCAUCUAUCUAUCUAUCUAUCUGUGUUUUCUCAAUUUUCUUUCUUUUGAUAAUCUUCAUUGUCAUCUUUCUUGCUUUCUAUUUUUAUCGAUUUCACUUUCUAUCUAUCUAUCUAUCUAUCUAUCUAUCUAUCUAUCUAUCUAUCUAUCUAUCUAUCUCACUCUGUUCGUUUUCUAUCUAUCUAUCUAUCUAUCUAUCUAUCUAUCUAUCUAUCUAUAUCUCUCCCUCCCGCUUGGUCUCUCUCAUUUCAUUUCUAUUCUUGUUCUUAAUUAUUAUUUUCUCUCUCCUUAUAUCUAUCUAUCUAUCUAUCUAUCUAUCUAUCACAUGGCUUCUGUCAAGUUUCCUAUAUCUUCCUUAAUUAUUAUCAUUUUCCCCCUCUCUUUACCUUCCUCUUUUUCUUCGUUUUCAUCGUUUUCGCUCUCUCUUUCUCUCUCUCUCUCUCUCUCUCUCUCUCACAUUUUGCUUUUCAGCUUUCUUUUUGUUUCUCUCUCUUUCUCUAACAUUUGGUAUCUCUCAUAUCAUUUCUUUUUCUUAUUUUUACUAUAUAUUUCCUCAAUUUCUCUCCCUUUUUAG